UCUUUUUUUUUUUUCCUCCCACAGCAUUUCUCUUCCAUGUCAUUCACUGGCUGGAUCUGUUCAGGGAAUGUGUGAGGAGGAUGUGAUGAAAGAGAGCAGUUGUUUGUAGGACCUCUUCGAAUCCUUGGAGAAAGGAAGGUGUAUGAUGAAUUAAAUGCAGAUUGUAGGAAGAAAAAAGGUGGUCUCAUGUUUGAGGCAGUUGAAUACCUGCCUGAUGAAGUAUUGAGAACCUGCCUUUUGAACUGCAGAGAAACUUCCAGCUCAUGCGAGAUCUGGAUCAGAGAACAGAAGACCUCAAGUCGGAGAUCGAUAAGCUGGCCACGGAGUAUAUCAGCAACGCACGGACUUUGUCAUCAGAGGAAAAACUGGGGCUUCUCAAGCAAAUCCAGGAGGCCUACGGGAAAUGCAAAGAAUUUGGGGAUGACAAGGUUCAGCUGGCUAUGCAGACCUAUGAGAUGGUCGAUAAGCACAUUCGGCGGCUGGACACAGAUCUUGCUCGCUUUGAAGCAGACCUGAAGGAGAAGCAGAUAGAAUCGAGUGACUAUGACAGUUCUUCCAGCAAGGGCAAGAAGAAGGGCCGAGCCCAAAAAGAGAAGAAAGCUGCACGUGCACGCUCUAAAGGGAAGAAUUCUGAUGAGGAGGCACCAAAGACUGCCCAAAAGAAAUUAAAGCUUGUCCGCACUAGCACAGAAUAUGGAAUGCCUUCAGUCACAUUUGGAAAUGUGCAUCCUUCAGAUGUAUUGGAUAUGCCUGUGGACCCCAAUGAGCCUACUUACUGCCUCUGCCACCAGGUCUCCUAUGGGGAGAUGAUUGGCUGCGACAACCCAGAUUGCUCCAUCGAAUGGUUUCAUUUUGCCUGUGUGGGUCUGACAACAAAACCAAGAGGAAAAUGGUUCUGCCCUCGCUGUUCCCAGGAGAGGAAGAAGAAGUAAAAUCCCAUGAGCCUCGAAUACUACUGCAGGAGCUCUCUUCCCCCUGCCAGGGCCUCGUCCCAGCUCCCCCAGCCCUUGGGACCUUGGCUAGGGGGAGUCUUGCCCUGUUUGUGGUUUGGGCCAUCCCUGGAAUGGUGUGUACCCUCACAGCAGUUCCAGUGUGUUCUGUAUCCCUGGCUGCUUCCAAAUCCCUAAGGGAGGCCCUCUCUGUGUACUAUUCCAAACAGGUCUCUGAACCUCAAAGAGAGUGAAUGAGGGCACCAGGGUAGCCACCAGAUUCCCAGGGAUUCAGGUAGCCCCUGAUUUUCCUUGGCUUUCCUUCAGCCUCCUCAGAGUUCAUUGCCUACUCUCUGCUGAGAGAACAAGGCUAUGGGAUGGGGGAAGGAAAGGAGGUAAGUCUUCAGCAUUUUAGGUCUUCUAUUUUCCUGGAUCUUUUUCAGGAGAGAGGGAGUAACCAGGCCACUGCUUAAUCUAGUAGCUUGGUUGAGAGACUGAAAACUUAAUAUACUCCCUAUCUUUAACAUUCCACUACUUUGUCUGGCAUUGAGCAGCCUCUUUCGCUGGGGCAAGGAGGAAGGAGGAGUGUUUAGAGCUAGCUUUCUCUCUUACUCCUGGGGUAAACCUGCUCUCCUGGGAAGCACAUUGUAUGAAGGAAGAAGAAUUUCUGGCCAUGUGGUGAGAAACGGUUUGAUCUAGCCUGUCUUCUGGCACCAGAAUUCUCCCUCCCUGUAGUACAGUGGAGCUUCUCCAUUAUGUUGAUGAUGGAAAGUUCGGGGAUCCAGAUCCCACUUGUAUACUAUAGAAUUAAAUAAAAUUAAUUCAAACAAAUGCUCAGUUUG